AUGAAGGCGCUGUCUCCACUGCCAUACCUUGGCAAAGCUCACGAUUAUUAUGUGAGAAGUCUGAACAAAUGGGCGGCGAAAGCCAAUUACAGCGGGCUGGCUGCAAGCGUUUCCUCUGCGACUACUCUGCCAAAGAGCUUCACCACAGCCUCCGCCAGAAAGGAUGACGAAUACGGUGAAGUCGUGAGGGCGGCGUCGCAGAGGAGGUGUUCGAGUUCGAGUUCUUCUUCAAAUUUAGGGUUAUACAAAUUGGCUUCUUCAGAGCAAGCGUUGGCGAGGAGUAGAAGUGCGGCGCCGUCAGUGGGCACGAUUCACGAGGACGGAACAUGCUACUUUCCCGCCAGUUUACCCAAGACCGUUAGCGCCGCUGCUUCGCCUUUACCCUCGCUCUAG